AUUGGGUCAUUUGGUAAGUACAUGUUUAUUUCAUAAGAGCCAAGUUGUUGUCCACAGCGCCUUUGUCAUUUUGCAGUCCACCAGCAGUGUGAGCACCCCUGUAAGUUAAACACUUCACAGUAGACAGUUGCUCUGUAUCCCUGUCAGCACUUGAUAGUUUCAGAAUUUGUUAACUUUAGCUUUUCUAGUAGGUACAUAGUAGUUCAGUGUGGUUUUAUUUUGCAUUUCCCUAAUGCCUGACAAUGUUGAGCAUCUGUUCAUGGGCUUCUACAUCCUCACUGGUGAAGUGUCUGUUCAACUCUUUUUUUUUUUUUUGAGACAGAGUUUUGCUCUUGUUGCCCAAGCUGGAGUGCACCUACCAGCCUUGGGGGCCCUGGCAGCCCACAGGAUUCUGCCCACUGGGACUUGUGUGCCAACCUUUGUGAAGCCUCAGCUUCACAGGCCCCAAGCCAUGAGCCCCUCCCCAGAUGGGCCAGCAGGAAUGGAUGGAGGCAUGUCAAGGGUUUCUUGCAUACUCGGAUCCAAGUCUCGAGUGGUGGUCCCUCUGCUGGCCUCUCACCUACCCUCUCCUGCUAUCACAAGUGUGGCAGGUGACAGUGUGGUCACUGGGGUGGGGUGGGAGGAAGUGGAAGGCCCUGGAUAGGGCCCAUGCCCAAGGGUCUGGCCAAGACCCCUUCGUUAGGGUCCCAACUGUGACUUUAUUACUCAUGGUCUCUUCCCUGCCUCAGUGGCCCUCAUCCCCCAAACCUGAAUGCAGAAGUCUUGGUCCUGAGUUAAACUCCAUGCCACCCCUCCGCUUAUGUUGUGGGUUCCUGCUAAGCUGAGCACUUACCUAACAAUCAAGACCUCUGAUAGUCCUCAGUCCUACCCCGCAACCUUGCCCUUGGAUUUCUCUUUUUCAAGGUGGUUUCAGCUAGGAGGAUCAGCGUGGUUUGGGUGAGGGCAGACAGGGUAGGAGCAUGUGGCAGGUAUGGAUGACACCUUGACAAAGGGACCCCACAGGAGAGAUGGGGACCCUUUCCCCCCAUUGUCCUGGAAACCCAGCUCAGCCCCAGCCCUUGCCCAUGCUGCUGCCUGGUACCUUCUACAAAGCCAGACCCCUCCCCGCAAAGCUGUGGCCUGCACCAGCUCCCCUAGCUCUCCUCCUCUGUCUGCUGAGGGGCCCCUCCCAACCUGGCUGCCAGUCACAGGAGAAAGGGGUUGGGAUUUUGUUUGUGCCUCUGCCUGAGCAUAGAAGGACUGACUGGGUCACUGAGCCUUGCCCUGGAGAGACCCUCUGUCCCCUGCUGCCCCCACCUCCCCUGGCCCAGACUUCUGCCCAUAAUGCCCAUCCCUGAGCAGCAGCCCUACCCAGGCUGGGCUCUGGGUGCCAGCUGGUUAUGGACAUGCCACCUGAGCCCAGGCCAGGAGCCCCUGGAUUCAUGAGGCUAUUUUAAGCACAUCUUCUUGGCCAGCACUCCCCUGGCCCCCAGAAGCUCAGCCACUGGUCAUCUGCCACCGCCUAGAAUGCUGAUUGGCAGUUGGCUGGGGUGGGGGCUGGGAAAACACUGUUAUAAAGCUGGGAGUGUUGGGGAACAGCCGUCCCUGUCCAGAGUCCUCUGUAGUCCCUGCUGCCACCAUGGCCACCCACCGCCUCGUGAUGGUCCGGCACGGUGAGAGUACUUGGAAUCAGGAGAACCGUUUCUGUGGCUGGUUUGAUGCAGAGCUGAGUGAGAAGGGGGCUGAGGAGGCCAAGCGGGGAGCCAAGGCCAUCAAGGACGCCAAGAUAGAGUUUGACAUCUGCUACACGUCGGUGCUGAAGCGGGCCAUCCGCACCCUCUGGGCCAUCCUGGACAUCACGGACCAGAUGUGGCUGCCUGUGGUCCGCACUUGGCGCCUCAAUGAGCGGCACUAUGGGGGCCUUACGGGCCUCAACAAGGCGGAAACAGCUGCCAAGCAUGGAGAAGAGCAGGUGAAGAUCUGGAGGCGCUCCUUCGACAUCCCACCGCCCCCCAUGGACGACAAACACCCCUACUACAACUCCAUUAGCAAGGAGCGUCGGUACGCAGGCUUGAAGCCUGGGGAACUGCCCACCUGCGAAAGCCUCAAGGACACCAUUGCUAGGGCCCUGCCCUUCUGGAAUGAGGAGAUCGUUCCCCAGAUCAAGGCCGGCAAGCGAGUGCUCAUCGCAGCCCAUGGGAACAGUCUGCGGGGCAUUGUCAAGCACCUGGAAGGGAUGUCAGACCAGGCGAUCAUGGAGCUGAACCUGCCCACAGGGAUCCCCAUUGUGUAUGAGCUGAACAACGAGCUGAAGCCCACCAAGCCCAUGCAGUUCCUGGGUGACGAGGAAACGGUGCGGAAGGCCAUGGAGGCUGUGGCUGCCCAGGGCAAGGCCAAGUGAGGGGUGGGCUUGGGCAAUAAAGGCACCUCCUCCCACA